AUGAGAUACCAUUACCAAAAUACCCUGGCGCGAGACGAAGGAGCCAAUGAAUACAGGCACAUAUCUCGCUACCAUCAUUGUCUCCAUGGCACCUGGACGCGCGGCAACGCCGCCAAAUUCGAUCUCUGGGCCCGCCUCGUCGACGACGACAGCUGGAGCUACAAGAACCUCCUCCCGUAUCUCCUGCGCUCUGAGUCCCACUGGGACGCCCACGCUGACCCCGCCGUGCACGGCCGCUCCGGCCCCAUCCACAACGCCUCCGUCUCCUCCAGCAGCCCCGACCGCAAAUACCCGCUCCGUGACCCCCUGCGCGCCGCGUGGUCACGCCUGGGCGUCACUCCCAUCGCCGACGGCAACGCCGGCCACCCGCUUGGUCUGGCGGAACUAACGGAGAACUGGCGCAACGGACAGCGCCAGAUCGCCAGCGAGGCGUACGGGGUGAACCAGCGGUCGAACAUCACCGUCCGCACGGAGACUCUGGUGAAGCGGGUGUUGCUUGCCGAGAAGGAGAGCGGUAGCAGCAACAGCAAUAGGAAGACGGCCGUGGGCGUCGAGCUGUCUGACGGGACCACGUUCCACGCCUCGCGCGAGGUGAUCGUGUCCGCCGGCGGCUAUCGCACGCCGCAAGUGCUGAUGCUGUCUGGGAUCGGGCCGCGCGACGAGCUCGCGAAGCAUGAUAUCGCCGUGCAGGUCGAGGCGCCGGAGGUAGGCCGCAACUUCCACGACCACUUCGCGUUCAACCAGUGGUGGAAGCUGCGACACCCGGAGCAGGGCCUGUCGGCGGGCACGCCGCUGUGGCAGAUUCCCGCCUACGGCCGCGGGCUGCCCUGCGACUGGGUGGCGACGGUACAGACGCCGCGCGACGAGAUGGCGCGUGCCCUGCGCGCCGACGGCGUGCCCGACCCCGACCUCCCCGCCCACCCCUACCUGGCGCCGGACUUCUGUCACGUCGAGACCCUGGUCGUGUACGCGCCCGCCGGCGCCCUCGCCUCCGGCGUCGAUAUCCCCAUGGACGGCACCCAUAUCGCCUCCGCCGUCCUCGGCAUCGCCCUCACCUCCCGUGGCGCCAACAUCCUCGCCUCCCCUGACCCCGCCGUGACCCCGCGCAUCGACCCCAAUUACUACGCCACCGAGGUGGACCGCACCGCCCUCCGCGCCGGCAUCCGCCAGGUCACCCGCUUGCUCCGCGAGACGCCCGAGGGCCGUGGCAUCGUCGCCGAGGAGGUCCCUCGCCCGGGUCUGCGUCCGCUGCGCGCUGACUCGUCUGACGCUGAGAUCGACGAGGCUGUGCGCCAGGGCGGCGCGACCUUCUAUCAUCCUGCUGGCUCGGCUGCCAUGGGCAAGGUGGUUGAUUCCCAGCUGAGGGUGUAUGGCGUCGACGCCAGUGUUCUGCCUCUGUCGCUGGCUGGUCACUACCAGGCUGCGCUGUAUGCCAUGGCUGAGAAGGCGGCAGAGUUGAUCGGUGCUGCUUAGCUUUGUUUUGUUUUUGUGUAGUGGUGUUCUGAGUUAAUGCAUAAUGAAUGGGUUUUAUGUUAUAUUUCUCUGCUAGUGGUUCUCUGUUAGCUUGUCGUGUAGAAAUUGUGGUUAAGGGUCGAUGUGCUAGGGAGCUGAAAGGAAAGGGGGGUCCGGGGGUCCUCCCCCGGAAUACUUUAUCAUCUGAUUUAAGGGUUGAGGUGCACCAGGAAGCUGAAAGAAAAGGGGGGUCCGGGGGUUCUCCCCCGGAGUGCUUCAUGGAACCAGUGGU